GGUGUAGCGAAGUGAGUGACGGAGUCCUUAACGUGCUAUUUUUCAAUUCAAUCGUUCUUUGACUUGCACACUUAUUUUGGUGUAAUUGUACACUAAGCUUGGUGUGAUACCAUGCCUAUUGAUGUGUCAUUCUGAUGUAUCAUUGUGUCAUGAUCCAUGUAUAUUUGCAUAAGAAACUUGUUGCUGCGUGUGUGAACCUGCCCGGGUUACUAGUCUGGGAGUGAGUGAGCACGUUUCAUUGGUGUCUGUGGUUACUAAGGGAUUUGGCGGUGCUGUCGAGGAUCUGGAUUUGGACAUUCACUAACUGCGGAUAUGAGCGGUGGUGAUGGUAGAUAUGGUCGCGAUGACCGGCAGGAGCGGUCGCAUGAUGGAGGAUGGCGCGGACGUCCAGAGUCAAGCCGGGAGAGACUGCGUGAGGGUGACCGUGACCAUCGGGCCUAUCAGCUGACUGGUAAUGAAUCGCCUCGUAGACUGUCUCCGAUAUGCUACGGGUGUAAAGUGCCCGGACACUAUCGGAGCGACUGUUGGAGGUUUUGGGCAGACCCAUUGUCAAGAAGGCAAGCUGAAACCGAUGGGUUUGUUUGCCCGCCUGAAUUUGACCGUCGAGGACGGUCCGUGUCACCAUGUCGAGCUGCGGCAACUGGGAUUCGGCGAUCACCAUCGAUUGAUUCGAAGACUGUAUCUCGGCUUGACGAGUUGGGUCAGAGCGUGGCCACCUUGCCUGAAUUUGUGGAUCUGGAGAUGGCACGACGGAACGAGAAGGAGAAGAAACGACGUGAGAAGGAAGAAGCUAGGCUUCGUGAAGAGGAGGAACGUAAAGCUGAAGCGGCGAAGGCUGCUAAGAAGAUGGAGAAGUUGAGGAAGCGAGAAGAAGAUCAACUGGAAUUAACGAAGGUGGUUGAAAUGCAACUAGCUCUUUGUAUCGGCAAUAUCUGUGAAAACCUUCAAAAUGAAAUUAGGAGAGUUGUCGGGGAUGUCGAGAAGAGGAAGGCCAAAGUGGUGGAACAAUUGCCAUCAACCUCGGGAUCGGGAGCUGGAGAUAAUGAUGUUGAUGUGAUCACAGAAGGGACUGAGCGACUGGAGAUUUGUGAGAAGCGGAAGAGGGGCGAGGAGACCCCGGUGGGUAAUAGUCCCCCCGUGACGACCCCAGCCAAGCGUGCGAACAAGCGCACUACGGUUUGGCCCCUCCAGUUCUCCGAUCGUCUGCAGCGAACCCGCACACGCAUAAGCAAGAAGGGUGGCCGUGCGCUUAAUAAAGCACAGACAGCUGUUAAACCACCUGCGCGAGAUAUGGCGAUGGAGCGAAUGAUCUUUCUGGAUCGCACUCGGCGGGAACUUGCACUCUGCAAUUGCGACCAAUUGCGAGUGCUUUGCCGUGAAGCUGGCGUUGGAUUUGCUGCCAAAGUCCAAGCGAUCUUUGAUAUCGCGGAUGCAAGAGCUCGUGUUAAGUAUGAUGAAGGUAAGCGGGAGGCGGGGGAAGACGAGGCCUGGGAGGAUAGUGUGAAGUCUAGUCCGGAGAAUUCCGAGGAUGAACCGACGAAUUGAAAAGAGCGAUCUGUGGAAUACUGGGGAGUGAUUUGCGACGUGGUAAUUGGCUACCGGCGUGAAUCCGGUUGUACCCAUCCAGAUGUUGAGUUGUUUUUCCGUUUGUUGGUGGUUUAUCUAACAUUGCGUGGGUAUAUUCGAUGGCUCGGUAAGUGUAUUGAUUCAUGGCUAGGUAUGUUCAAGCGUUAUGGCGUUAAUUUUUUGAGCCACCGAGGUCGUGUGUAUGUAGUCACCUCAGUGUUAUGUAAAUCACUGUAUGUCGGACAGACCUCGAGGGAACCCAACACAAGAUGGAACGAGCACGUCUCCGUUUCUAAACGAAGUGCGAAAUCGU